CCGGAUGUCAUGACUGCUAGCCUGGCUGCGGAGCGGCAGGGGUCUCUAUUGCCGAUGUAAAGGCGCUUUCUGAUGCUACAGGUGUCCAGUCUGCAGCGUUCCUGUCCUGAAGGUAAAGUCUGAAGUUAAAUGAUACGUCAAAGGCGUCGCGCUGUAUUCUCUGCCUCCUUCUGAGGCUCGUUAGCAUCUCUUGCUAACCCACAGCACUCGGCUCGUUUGCUGCUUCAGCUGCUACCGUGACACACUGACGACACACAGAGGUGUCCGGCGCCUCCGUGGUUGGUGUUUUCUUGCAGCGCUACCUUGUUGUCGCGCCGCAGAGGCAGUUUGAUUCCGUAGGUCACACCAUUCUCGGCCCAUCGUACACAAUCUGCGCUCUGAAGACCUGCCGGAGGAAGAUGUAGAGAAGCUGGGACGGGUUUUGUUGCAGUCCGUGAGUGUCCUCGGUGAGCAUGGCGGACCGGGAGGAGCGCCGCUUCGCCGAGGUGUCCCGGGAGUCAGUCAGGCUGAUGGCAGAGGGCGCAGGUGUGGAGCUCGGCGAUGAUGUGGCGGCGCUGCUGGCCGAGGACGUGUGCUAUCGGCUUAGGGAAGCGACACAGAGCAGCUCUCAGUUCAUGAGGCAUGCCAAGAGGAGGAAGCUGACAGUGGAGGACUUCAACCGAGCUCUGCGCUGGAGCAACGUGGAGGCCAUCUGUGGCUAUGGGGCCCAGGAUGCUCUGCCCUUCCGAUCGGUGAAAGAAGGAGAGCUCUUCUUUGUUGAGGACCGGGAUGUGAAUCUGGUUGAACUGGCUCUGGCCACCAACAUUCCCAAAGGCUGUGCUGAGACCUUGGUGCGAGUGAAUGUGUCAUACCUGGAUGGUAAAGGUAACCUGGAACCUCAGGGUACAGUUCCUACUGCAGUACAGUCUCUAUCAGAUGAUCUGCUCAAGUACUACCAGCAGAUCACACGGGCCAUCUUAGGAGAGGACCUGCACCUGAUGAAGGUGGCUCUGCUGGACCUCCAGUCUAACUCCAAGAUUGCAGCCCUGCUUCCAUACUUUGUUUAUGUCAUCAGCGGAGUGAAGUCGGUAAGCCACGACCUGGAGCAGCUCAACCGACUCCUGCACAUGGUGAAGAGCCUGGUCCAGAAUCCCUACCUGUACCUGGGCUCAUAUGUGCGCAGCCUGGUCUCCAGUGUUAUGUACUGCAUCCUGGAGCCACUGGCCGCCUCCAUCAACCCACUCAAUGACCACUGGACCCUCAGGGACUAUGCUGCCCUGCUCCUUAGCCACAUCUUUUGGACUCACGGGGAUCUGGUUAGUGGUCUCUAUCACCAGAUCUUGCUUUCUCUCCAGAAGGUUCUGUCUGACCCAGUGAGACCCCUGUGCUCCCACUAUGGAGCUGUGGUGGGCCUUCAUGCUCUAGGAUGGAAGGCUGUUGAGCGGGUGCUGUUUCCUCACCUUCCCGCGUACUGGGCCAACCUCCAGGCUGUGUUAGAUGACUACUCUGUGUCCAAUGCCCAGGUGAAAGCAGACGGACACAAGGUCUAUGGAGCCAUCCUGGUGGCAGUGGAGCGCCUGCUAAAGAUGAAAGCUCUGUCUCUGUCUCAGCCAGCAGAGGGAGGCUCCGGUGCUCAGCCGGGCUCAGUGGUGGGAGCUGUGAACCACAGGGUGAGCUCCCCGGGCCUCAGCCCACCUCCGGAGCCUCUGUCAGAGGCUGCCCUCGGAAUCGCCAGCCACCUCCAGGUGGGCGGGGCCGGCUGUCCCUGGGAGGAGUGGACCCCGGUCCCUCUUCCUGCCAUGUACUGUGAGCUCUACUCGUUCUUUGGAGACAGCCUGGCUGUCCGCUUUAGUACAGGACCAGGUUUUGGCAACUACCCGCCCUGCACUCCAUCCCAGCUCAGCGACACCAGGAAGGAGCCCCUGGGCCCGACCUCCAAACUCGACACCACCCGGAAGAUGCCACAGCUCACCGCCAACCUCAACAUCAGCCCCAGACAGGAUGGGAGUCCGCGCACUGAUCCACCUCCGCCCAGCCUUGCAGCCACCGGGUCAGGAAGGCCUCUGGCUCGCGCCUCGUCCGUGCAGCGCUCCAGAUCCUCCUCAUCACGUUCAAGCCAGCGUUCAGCCGGUCUGUCUCGUGAAGUGUUCCCCAAAGCGCGGUUCACCUCACCUCAGACCACGCCUCCAGCAUUUUCCUUUCUCAUUGGUGGGCGGCAGAUGGGUCGUCGUUGUCAAGGCCGCCGCCCCUUCCAGACCAUGUUUGCUCCGACGACUCCUAUUUCUGCCAUACCACCACGUACCUACGCUCACAAACUGCCAGUCAUCGGCAGGGUGGGCAAACCUGUACGCCGCUGGACGUGUUCUCAUUACUCCCUUCACCUGCCUCUUUAGAGAGCGGGCCGCAGAGGAGCUUACAGUUGGGCUGGACUGCUGCAGACUCCUCCAGGCAGGCGCCGCUCUGACGAAGCUGCCACAGUUUGUAGGUGAUGUUUCAUGUGGUUGGAUUUUGCGUGUGCGCCUCCAUGUAACAGCCCCAGUGCACCCAUGCUGUAAGCACACGGAUAUUUUCUGCUUCAUCAUUAACAGCAGGUGGCGUCAUUAUUGCAGCAGUAAAAUGACCAUUACACCAGUAUUGAACUAGUGCUGUUACAUUUAUUUUUAUUAAUCUGUUAGUUUGUGGUGAAUCAGUUUUCCUGUAUAACCAAACAGCUGCAUUGACUUUGCAUUAGCCGCCACCCUGUUUCAGUGAAAACCAUAAACUCACCUGAGGAGGUGAGGUGGGAGGACCAAGUUCUGAGUGUGUCUAUGAAAAACUGUUGAGUGCAUGACAGAAACAGAAAGCAGUCUUGAAGCUUUGGAGCUCAUAGCACUGACGUUUCCACUGGAAAAUGGACGAAAACAUGUGAAACUGUGUGAAACUUCCCCAAAUAAAUCUGUGAAAUG